UCUCUCUCUCUCUCUCUCUCUCUCUCUCGGAAUCUCUCUUUUAUUUAUAUAUCAAUCGCACGGAUAGCGAACGCAUUUGGAGAGUGCUGUCAGACCUGAGCGACGACUUGUUGAUAGUGCGAAGUGGAGAGAGAAAACUUUCAUCUCGAUUAAUGUUAUUAAUGUAAUAUUACUGUAGUGUUUGUCUCCACACAAUUCACACAUACAGUAACCAAACAGUUCUUGUCGUCAACUUUUUUACCAGAGGCUAACUUUCUUCACAAAAAAUCUAAACAAUGAAAACAAUUGUUUUAUUAGUGUUUGUCAUCUAUUUUACCAUUUCGUUGGAGUGUAUUAUAGCGAUGGCUUACAAGCGCUUCAAAGCGCCCGAACGCUGGCACUGUAUGGAUGCUAACAAUAGAGGCAUAAUCAAUAACGCAAUGGAGAUCCGGAUGAAGACACCGUCAUAUAUGCCUCCGUCUUCACAACAGCGACGGAUACUUAAACUUUUCGAGGAAUGCAUUAAAUCUGGUGAAGGCUUUCGGUUCAAAAAGUCCUACUCUCCCGGCGCUCAACACUAUGCCUACCCGUCCUCCUCCUCCACCUCAGGCUCUUCAUCGGCCGUCUACUCCUCACCAUUAGAUCCAAUACCCUAUCGUCGAAUAAGUCGACCGCGGCUUCCCGAUGAGUUGGUACUUAACCAAUCGCACCUGGAU